AUGACAGUUGAUUCUGAACCCAAAAUCUCUCUGGCUUUCGUAUGCUUGGGUAACAUAUGCCGCUCACCUAUGGCUGAAGCGGUCUUUAAGCAUGUUGUUACUCAGAAAGGUUUGCAAGAUCGCUUCGAUGUUAUUGAUUCCUUCGGUACUGGAGGUUGGCACGUUGGUUCAGACCCAGAUCCUCGUAGUGCUGCUUGCUGCCGGUCACAUAAGGUCUUUAUAAACCACAAAGCACAACAGAUUCGUGGCUCCCACUUUGAUAAGUUUGAUUACAUUAUAUGUAUGGAUGAAUCGAAUCUGAGGAAUUUACAGAGAUUGAAACCAAAGAAUUCGAAGGCCAGUGUACAUCUGUUUGGUGAAUGGAAUACCAACGGCAAAUUCAGAAAGAUAGUGGAUGAUCCUUACUACGGCGGUGAUGAUGGAUUUGAAUAUAACUUUAAGCAGAUCUCAUACUUCAGCGAGCAAUUCCUGGAAAAGGAACUGUGA